GCAGUAACCUUCUCUUUUGAUCAAGGGGAAGUGAGGAGUUGUAAUCCAGCGGUUGUUCUACUCCUGUUUGUAGUAAUAAUUUGGUGUGUAUUGAAAUAUGGCUCUGUUUUCAGCUCGGCUGGCCACUUAUGUGGCCAGACAAAUUCCAAAGCAUGCAAUAAAAACGAAGCUACCCAACAGCUAUCUCUCUUCCACUUACCUUGCAGCCAGAAAUUUCUCAACAACGCAGUAUGCUGCUGCAGGACCAGGUUCUGCUGAAGUUUCUUCUAUUCUGGAGGAGAGGAUUCUUGGCCACACCCCCACUGCCAACAUGGAAGAAACUGGAAGGGUUCUAUCUAUUGGUGAUGGAAUUGCUCGUGUGUAUGGCUUGAAGAACAUCCAAGCUGAAGAGAUGGUUGAAUUUUCUAGUGGUUUAAAAGGUAUGGCCUUGAACUUGGAGCCUGACAAUGUAGGUAUCGUAGUGUUUGGUAAUGACAAGUUGAUAAAAGAAGGGGAUAUUGUGAAGCGAACGGGUGCCAUUGUAGAUGUACCAGUUGGGACAGAGGUGCUAGGUCGGGUUGUUGAUGCUUUAGGGAACCCAAUUGAUGGUAAGGGUCCACUAGCUUGCACCAAACGAGCCCGUGUUGGCUUGAAAGCUCCUGGUAUUAUUCCUCGAAUCUCUGUAAAAGAACCUAUGCUGACAGGUAUCAAGGCUGUUGACAGCUUAGUUCCUAUUGGUCGAGGACAACGAGAACUUAUCAUUGGUGACAGACAAACAGGGAAAACAGCUAUUGCUAUUGAUGGAAUCAUCAACCAGAAACGUUUCAACGAGGGAAGUGAAGAGAAGAAGAAGCUUUAUUGUUUCUAUGUUGCUAUUGGUCAGAAGAGGAGUACAGUUGCACAGAUUGUAAAGCGUUUGACAGAUGCAGAUGCCAUGAAGUAUACGGUAAUUGUUAGUGCUACAGCUUCUGAUGCUGCCCCACUACAGUACUUGGCCCCAUACUCUGGUUGUGCCAUGGGAGAGUACUUUCGAGAUAAUGGAAUGCAUGCUUUGAUCAUCUAUGAUGACUUAUCAAAACAGGCUGUGGCAUAUCGUCAGAUGUCUCUUCUACUGAGGCGUCCACCUGGCCGUGAGGCUUAUCCUGGGGAUGUGUUCUACCUACAUUCCCGUUUGCUGGAGAGAGCUGCUAAAAUGAACGACCAGUUUGGAGGAGGGUCCCUAACAGCUCUUCCCGUUAUCGAGACCCAAGCUGGGGACGUGUCUGCAUACAUCCCAACCAAUGUAAUCUCCAUUACUGAUGGACAAAUUUUCCUGGAAACUGAGCUGUUUUACAAAGGCAUUCGACCUGCAAUCAAUGUAGGUCUGUCUGUGAGUCGAGUGGGCUCAGCUGCUCAAACUAAGUCUAUGAAGCAGGUGGCAGGUUCAAUGAAAUUAGAGUUGGCCCAGUAUCGUGAAGUUGCAGCCUUUGCUCAGUUUGGUUCAGACUUGGAUGCAUCUACUCAACAACUUCUUAACCGAGGCGUUCGUCUCACUGAACUGUUGAAACAAGGACAGUAUGGUAAGUAGAAUGUGUUCUGAACU